AUGGAUCCGUCAGAAUUUCCUUUUGAUAUUGAAGCUUACAAAAAACAGUCUGAAAUUGAAGAGAGAUACAUCGUUAAUCGGUUUAGAGAGCGUCGAAAAAAAAUUGUUGAAGAACAAACACCUCGCAGCAAGAGAAAAUACUUCAAAAGAGAUCAUGUUGCUGCAAAUCAAAGGCUUAUUGAUGAUUACUUUGCGAAUCAACCAACAUAUGAUGAUGCAAUAUUUCGUCGGCGAUUCAGGAUGCGAAAACAUGUUUUUCUUCGGAUCGUUGGAGACCUAUCAAGCAAUGACAACUACUUCACCCAGCGAGUUGAUGCAGCCAAUAAAGAAGGUAUAUCUCCAUUGGCAAAAUGUACUACUGCCAUGCGAAUGCUAGCAUAUGGUGUUGUGGCUGAUGCAGUCGACGAAUAUAUCAAAAUAGGAGGCACAUUAAACGACAUAAAUGUUCUAGAUCGUUCUCCGGUGUUUGAUGAUGUUGAACAAGGAAAUACUCUUAGAGUGAAAUUUUUCCUGAAUCAACGUCCGUAUGACAUGGCAUACUAUCUAGCUGAUGGUAUCUAUCCUUCUUAUCCAACUUUCGUCAAAUCAAUCCGACUUCCUCAAAGUGAGCCAGACAAGUUAUUUGCAAAAUAUCAAGAAGGAUGUCGGAAGGACAUCGAACGUGCAUUUGGAGUUUUACAGGCUCGAUUCAAAAUCAUUCGUGAACCAGCUCGCAUGUGGGAUAUAGCCGAUUUGGCUAUCAUCAUGCGGUCAUGUAUCAUAUUGCAUAAUAUGAUUGUUGAAGAUGAACGAGAUACAUAUGCUCAACAUUGGACCGAUUAUGAUCAAUCUGAGGCAAGUGGUUCUAGUACACCACAACCAUUUUCGACUGAGGUGUUACCCGUUUUUGCAAAUCAUGUGCGUGCUAGAUCUGAAUUACGUGAUUCAAAGGUACAUCACGAAUUGCAAGCAAAUCUAGUCAAACACAUAUGA